GCAAUUAUUAACUUUUUCCAUAACAAUUUUAUGAUAACAUUUUUAAACUCAACAAUUAUUAAUGAGUUGAAUUCUUAUUGGUAACACAACAGCUUGAUUAGUGUUUUGUGACUCGACUUGUUCACUCUUUAGUAUUUACUCUACUAAAUCACGUUUAUCAUAAUUAUUAUUUAACUAGAACUAUGAAGUUGGCCUUGUUGUUUUGUGGAUUGGGGCUUAUCACCACUGGAUUUAGCACGGAAAACGAAGCUGAAGAUUACAAUGACUCGUCUAAGACAUCCGCCAGUAUACAAACCGACUCCCCGGAAGAUUAUGAUUUAUUUGAAAUAACGGAAGUUCAAGAUACAACAAAAAAAACGUAUCACUGUGCGGCACGUAAUUUAGUCAAAAAUGAAACUAAUCUCGAUCAAAAAACCAUAGAGACUAUGGAUAACAAUGGAAUCCAAUCUCUGCAGCCCAAGAAACUUCACUAUCAAGUACGCAGUGUUAGACAAAAAAUGUGCCAGUCUGGGUUCAAUCCAUUUCAAGUCGACAGCAAAGUCGGUUCCAUUCACAAACGGUUUAAAAAUGUCAUAAGACUGAUGAUCUACAAUACACCUGGCAUGUUCCCUGGAUUAAGAGUAAUUCGUAGUGAUCUUGAUCGAAGGAGAAAGCGCGAGCCACAAAAUUGGUUUCGUUUUGAAUUAACAAACAAUCAAAUUACUGCAGACUUUGAUUAUGACAAUUAUUUUGUCACUAUUUAUGGUGACUUUGGCAGAGUUCAAGCUUACUCAAAACUUCUUGUCACUUUAAAAAUCCACAAGAGGCUAAAUAAUUUUAAUGACAGCAUCAGUAAAAAAAUAAACUUAGAUCUUGGAAUAAUGGAAGUGAUUUUAUCCAACUUUGGCACUAUCAUUUUAAAGGACAAUUCAACAGCAAGCGUUAUGGUGAGAGCACUCAAUGGCAUUCGCACUGAAUUAAGUCCCGAUGGUGAUAUUCAGAUUGAGUUUGAAGACAGUACCAAAGAAGCUUUGGAACAAAUAAAUUCUUUAUUAUAUUCUUCUGUUUGGUUACAAUCAAUGGCUGAAAAAUACGAAGUCAUAAAAGUAAAAAAUAAAAUAAAAAGAAAUAGCAGUGACGAUGCAAGCCAGCAGCAACAGCAACAGCAACAGCAGCAGCAGCAGAAGCAGCAGCAGCUCGAGGCUAAUCCGGGUGAUCGAUCGAUUCGCUUCCCUCUUUGUGUCUCUCUUGCUCUCGUGUAG